CUCAAGUCGGCCCGGGUGGGGGAGGGGUGGGGGCGGCGCGGAGGGCACGGAGAUUACCGCGGCGCCACCCGGCACAUCCAGGGCCCCGAGGCCCUGGGCGGUCCCCACGCGAGAUCGCAAACCAUGACAAUAGGCAGUCACCCGAGGUCGAAUAAAAACGGAGUGGGUCCCCCGCGCGCCGCCGCCCCCCGCGUCUCUGGCGGCCUGCCCCGAGGCCCCCGGCGGCCUCCAGUGCCCGCAGUAGCCGGCGACGACGUCGCCCCCGCCCCACCUCCGUGCGCAAGUGCGAGGCUGCCCGCAGCGCGGCGCACGCUCCGGCCGCUCCCGGCUUCAGCGCAAAACUUCCAUCCUGUCCACGUGAAGUUGUCGCUGCCUUAGAGAGGGGGAAAGAGCUGCGGGAAAAGCUAGGGAGUGACGACUGCGGCGGCUGGGCGCGCUCUCUCUUUUUCUUUUCUUCUCCUUUCCCCCCUGUCGCAGUCCGGAGUUUUGGCUCCUCUCCUUUCCUCCUCCCCCUCGUUGCCGGCUUCUCCCCCCGCCCCGCUUCUCCCCCGCUUGUGUACGCUAUUUGUUGUGGGGUGGCCGAAGGGGAUGUCCUGUUUUCACCAGAGGCACAGCGCGAAGGGGAAACUUCGACACUGGAAGGAACGAGAAUAAAUACUUAAUUACGGACGCACGGAACCGCGGCUGGGACAGAUACUUCGGGAACCCGAGGCGGACCGGGCGACGAGAUAGUCAUUUUUACUUGAAGGAAGCUGCUUCUACUUGGGAGUGGCAGGAGAAGUGAGAAAACCACAUGGAAGACUCCCAGGAUUUAAAUGAACAAUCAGUAAAGAAAACGUGCACGGAAUCAGAUGUUUCAGAAUCUCAGAAUUCCAGGUCUAUGGACAUGCAGGACCUAGCAAGUCCUCAUACUCUUGUUGGAGGUGGUGAUACUGCAGGUAGCUCCAAACUGGAAAAAUCUAAUCUCAGCAGCACAUCAGUUACUACAAAUGGGACAGGAGGGGACAACAUGACUGUUUUAAACACAGCAGACUGGUUGCUGAGUUGCAACACGCCCUCUUCUGCAACAAUGUCUCUUCUUGCAGUCAAAACAGAGCCCUUGAACAGCAGUGAAACCACAACCACGACUGGAGAUGGAGCGCUUGACACUUUUACUGGGUCAGUAAUUACAAGUAGUGGCUACAGCCCCAGAUCAGCACAUCAGUAUUCCCCACAGCUGUAUCCUUCCAAGCCCUAUCCACACAUUCUUUCUACACCAGCAGCUCAAACAAUGUCUGCAUAUGCAGGCCAGACUCAGUAUUCGGGGAUGCAGCAGCCAGCCGUCUACACAGCCUACUCACAGACAGGACAGCCCUACAGCCUGCCCACUUACGAUUUGGGUGUGAUGUUGCCAGCCAUCAAGACAGAGAGUGGACUUUCCCAAACUCAGUCCCCGUUACAGAGUGGCUGCCUCAGUUACAGCCCAGGAUUUUCUACCCCACAGCCGGGCCAGACACCUUAUUCUUACCAAAUGCCGGGUUCUAGUUUUGCACCGUCAUCUACUAUUUAUGCAAAUAAUUCAGUUUCCAAUUCAACGAAUUUCAGUGGUUCACAACAGGAUUAUCCAUCCUAUACAGCCUUUGGCCAAAACCAGUAUGCACAGUAUUAUUCAGCAUCAACGUAUGGAGCGUAUAUGACAUCAAAUAACACAGCCGAUGGCACACCCUCUUCAACCUCUACUUACCAGUUGCAGGAAUCUCUCCCAGGACUGACUAACCAACCAGGUACAGAUCUUCACCCAGCAGAGUUCGAUACCAUGCAGAGUCCCUCCACACCUAUCAAAGAUCUUGAUGAGAGAACCUGUAGGAGUUCUGGGUCAAAGUCCAGAGGAAGAGGCCGGAAAAAUAAUCCCUCCCCGCCUCCUGAUAGCGAUCUGGAGCGUGUGUUUGUCUGGGAUUUGGAUGAAACCAUCAUUGUUUUUCACUCACUGCUCACCGGGUCUUAUGCACAGAAGUAUGGCAAGGAUCCCCCCAUGGCUGUAACCCUUGGACUCCGCAUGGAAGAAAUGAUUUUUAAUCUUGCUGACACUCAUUUGUUUUUUAAUGAUUUAGAGGAAUGUGAUCAAGUUCAUAUAGAUGAUGUUUCCUCUGAUGAUAACGGGCAGGAUUUAAGUACCUACAGUUUUGCAACUGAUGGCUUCCAUGCAGCUGCAAGUAGUGCAAACCUUUGUUUGCCAACAGGUGUAAGAGGAGGGGUUGACUGGAUGAGGAAGUUGGCUUUUCGUUACAGAAGAGUAAAAGAAUUAUAUAACACCUACAAGAACAAUGUUGGAGGACUCCUUGGCCCUGCCAAGAGGGAUGCCUGGCUACAGUUAAGGGCAGAGAUUGAAGGUCUGACAGAUUCCUGGCUAACAAAUGCACUUAAGUCUUUAUCAAUUAUUAGCACUAGGAGUAACUGCGUAAAUGUCUUGGUAACGACAACCCAGCUGAUCCCAGCACUUGCGAAGGUUCUACUCUAUAGUUUAGGAGGUGCUUUCCCCAUUGAGAAUAUUUACAGUGCAACUAAAAUAGUGCAAUCAGAGGACACCAGUGUUGUCAGUACUGUGGCCCAGUCAGACUGCACCCUUAGUAGAAGUUAUUUGAGCAGGCUAACUGUCAUCCACUUGAAGAAAGGAGUUGUUUAUCAAGGCAAGGAAAGCUGUUUUGAGCGUAUAGUGUCCAGAUUUGGCACUAACAUAACUUAUGUUGUGAUUGGAGAUGGCCGAGAUGAGGAGCAUGCCGCUAACCAGCACAACAUGCCCUUCUGGAGGAUAUCCAGUCACUCAGACCUCCUGGCUCUCCACCAAGCACUGGAAUUAGAGUAUUUGUAACUGUGUUCUCUAGCCGGAGAUCCGUUUUUUAUAUUUCAAGUACACUGAAUUUUUAUGUGUGAUUCAAUGCCUCUGGCUCUACACAUAUAAAUUGUCUUAAUGGAUGAAAUCAUAUUUGGAAUAAAAAUUCCAGAAUGAAGAAUUCAGAUUGCUGAAUGGAGUUAAACUUUAGUGCUACAGAAAAGAAACUCUAUGGUCUUAUAUUUACAACACUUUAAUGGGUUUUUAAAAAAUCUGUGGAGGUUGCUGGUACACACCAAAUGAGUCCAAACUGGAAUGAGCAGCUUUAGCAAAGAACUCUUACCCUGGCAAAGCAGCAACACACAUGCUCCGUCUGACAAGGUGGUCAACAACAUUCCUCAAAUUGGGAGAUCUUCUCAGCCCUGAGGUUUGAAUCUGACUUUAGCCUACCUAGCCCAGAAAAUCUGAAUUGGAAUGCACUCAGACUAUAUAAGGACAGUCCUAUUUAGACCUGUAAUUUGUGUAAAUUAUUGAUGAAAAUAAUUUACUGUGACUUUAUUAGCAGCUGACUUUCAAAGUGGAUGCAAUUUUUCUUUCAUUUGUCUGGGAGGGGAGUGGGAGGGGAAAUGGGAAUAUAAUAUUGUCUCUUUUUUAAGUUUGGCAAACAGAAUGUUCAUACUGAUGUGUUGUGCCUUAAAGACAAGACAGCAUUUGUGUGUUACAAUGUAACUUUGGUUGAAAUCUCUGUAGAUAAUGAAAAAAAAUCCUUUGUGAUGAUUCUUAACAUGACCAAAUUUAAAAGUCAAGCUCUCAAAGCUUAAUUACCGCAUCAGCAAGAAACUGAGUAUUUGUUGCAAUAAGAAAACAACAACAAUAAAGGAAAGCUUGUGUUGUAUUUGGGUUCUUAAUAAUUCCAAUAAUUGUAUGAGGCAACUAUUUGCGCAUCCAACCAUAAGCAGAAAGUUUGGGAAAGACUGUGGGACCUUGACUUAGAAAGUGAAAUGUAUGUAGAAGUCUCAAGUGCCCCUUCUACAGUUUUACUGGAGAAAACUAAGAGCCAUAUUCAUGACAACCUGCACAGUUUUGAGGUUGAGACUUUUGAUAUGUGUAAGUUGCAUAGAGGAGGACAUUAUCAUGCAAAUCAUGAGCAAUUAUCACAUUAACUUUUUUAGAAUAUGCCAUGGACAUGGUGUAAAAUUCACAUUGAGUGGGCAUGGCUUAAAAUAAAGCUAAGUGUGUUUAUUCCCAGUGCCAUUGCAAAAAUGAUAAUAUCAUCAGUAAUGGAAGGCAGAUCUCCCAGAUGGUGUCUGAUGAAAGCAAUGAGUUUAUGAAAAUGUUACCUAGAAUAUCAUCAUAAAUUAAAUCAGCAAGUGAGUUGGAUCUUGGCAGCGUUACUGAAAUGACAAUAGUAAAAUAGUACCUGGUUCUCCAUCUGAAUACAUCAGUGUAGGUUCUCCUCAUGACAGACUUGCAUAUGUUAGUUUCUGCCUGUAUUGUUACUGCGCAAUGGAUGGCAUUCAUUACAAGAAGAGCCCGUCAUCGUUGUGUUUGCAUGGUUUUUUCCCCUGUGUGUAGCCCAUGUUGGGAACACGAUACAGGUUCUCCUCUUACUUCCUGUGACAUGAUUUCCCUUGUGGAAAUUUAAGACUUUAAGAACUAGAAUAUUUUUAUGGUGUCUGCACCUGCAGUUCUGUGUUUAAAAUGUCAUAAUGUGGAUGCUAGAGUCAGGCUACUAGUCAGUGCCCCUAGCCAGAGGCUGGUUCAUGAGUUCAUCAACUGAGGCCUCUGUGGCUUCAAUAAAGUCUACAUUUUGCUCACAGAUUACAACAUUCACUGUGGAAAUAGAUUUCAUUUCUUUGGGCUACAAACCUGUAUUUCUUUACUGAAUGCUAAGGCCAUGUUUAUACUGGGCAGAAAGAUAUUGAGAUCCGAAUUUUGUACAAGAUUGUGAUUUCAUCAUCUAAACCUUAAACUUACCCUUUAAAUUUUGUAGUUUUUGGCUGCCUCUGCCCCAAGUACUAUUCCAGGCAAAUUAAAGUUGGAAUACGUUUAAUAAUAUAAAAAUAAUGAUAGUAAAUCUUAUACUUCUGUUGGCCUUUAGAUUGAAAAUAGCAGUUAAAAAAAUUUAAGUGUUGCCUUGAUUAUCAGUACUUAAUUAUGUUGUGCACUAAAACCUUAAGUAUUUAUUACUGUGAAUAAAAACAAAUUAUCUUUACUGUAUAGCUGGUUUCAUUAAAUGAUAGAAUUGUGACAUUAGGUAUAAAUUUGUAAGUCUUUUCAUAUCAAACAAGCAAGGCUUUUUAUGCUGCUAAGUCUGCAGGUGCAGAAAGAAACACCCCUUGGAAGGGCAAAGAGAAGCUGGCUGGUUGCAUCACCCUGUGCAGUUUCUCACACACAUCUCUUUUUCUGAUUCUGUGUUCAGAAGAGGCUGCCGGCAUAAAACCUAAAUGCUAGGUUGACGGAGAACAGCUUGUCUGGCACAACAAUGGUGCAGACCCACAAGCCAGCAUCACAGCUUGGCCAUGGGACGUUGAGCAUGCACAAAGUAGAACCCUUCCCUUCCCACCUUAGGAACAGAAAAUCCUCCUCCUUUCUAAUCUGAAAAACGAAAACUGAACUAACAAACACAAAACGAACCCCUUGGCAAUUCCCACCUCCUAUUGACAUAUGGACUAUUGUGCCUUAUUGUAAACCAGUUUGAAAAAUGUUCUGUAACUAAAGUGGGUUUUCGGCUCUUAUGUAUACAGCUUGGUAUAUUACUACAAAAGAUAACCAUCUUGUGUUGCACCUUAAAAAUAUCAAGACCACGUAAUUUCAGUAACAAAAUAGGUGGCCUGGCUACAGUAUUAUAGCAUACAAUUAGAACACUAUGCCCCUGCAAAAUUUUGUAAAUCAAAUUCAGAGGCAAAAACAUAUUUUAGAAUCAUACAGUUUGCACACAACAAGUAGGUAAUAACUGUCUCUAAAAAUGUUUUCUCCUUAGUCUGCGAUGAGCUAAGAUUCAGAAUAGUGUCAACAGCAUGCUCCUGUAUGAAGUUGUUUUUUAAAGCACAUUUGUUUAUGACAAGCCUACAUUCUCAGUGAAUAUGGCAUUUAGUAUUUCUUUUGAAAACAAACUUAAGCAUCAUGAGCCAAAGUUGCAUUUUGACUCCCAACUACGGUAGCGUUAUGGACAUCUCACAAUGUCAAGGGUUUCUGUUAUGUAUUAGUAAAGUAUAGAUUAUCGGGGCCUACAUAAUUUAAAGAAAUGUAAAUUAAUAUUAAAAGCUUGUAAAAAUAUGUAUAUCUUUACUAUUUCUCAAUAAAUACCUUUGCAAUUGUUUUCAUUUCCUUCA